GGCCGCCCCGUGGUCGUCGCGCGGACACGUGUUCGGCGAAACACAUCGGCUGGCCCCCAUGGACACGGCGGACGGCGGCGGCGGCGCCGGCACCGGCAUCGACGCCCUCCCUGGCGACAUCUACGUGGUUGUCCUCCGACGCCUCAGCGCGCAUUCCCUCGCCCGGUGCCGGUGCGUGCGCGCGCUCUGGCGCGCCCUCGUGGACGGCAGCGGGCUCCUCCUCCCGCACGCGCUCCCUCCGCGCGCGUUCCCGGGCUUCUUCGCCAACGCCCGCGCCAAGCCGUGGAGGAGGCCCCACCCCGGCUUCCUACCCCCGCCGGCGUCGCGGGCUCCCGCGCGCGACAGGCUCGCCUUCCUGCGCCCGCACCUCCCGUGCGCCGGCGCCGCGGCCGCCGUGCAGCACCAGUGCAACGGCCUCGUGCUGUGCUUCGUCCAGGACUACUUGGCCGGCGUGGGCUUCGUCUGCAACCCGGUCACGGAGCGGUGGGCGCGCCUGCCGCCGCCGCCGACGUGGUGGCCGCGCAGGUACGAGGGCCUGUUCCUCGCGUUCGACCCGGCGGUGUCGCUGGACUACGAGGUGCUCUUCCUCCCGGUGCCACCUCCUCGCCAAAGCAAUGGCGAUGCCGGCCUCAGGCAAGGGCACGUGACGCUGGGCAUGUUCAUGCCAGAAUCGUUUGGGAAACCGCAGGAACCGGACGACGAGAAGCUGCUGCCUUUGCUCGCGUUCUCGUCGGCGACCGGGCGGUGGACGAAUAGGCUGCUCACGCCGGGCCGGUGCGCCCCGGCGCGCCUCUACGACAGGGUGAUGCGGCGGCGCAGGCGGAGUGCGGAAGGCGGCGACCCGUGGGCGCGGACGUGGCGGUCAUCGGCCUUGUACCGCCGCGGUUCGCUCUACGCGCACUGCGAGAAGGGCAUCCUGGUGGUGCUCCACUGCUCGGAGGGGACCUACGACAUGGUCAAGCUCCCGGCCGUCGCCGACGCCGGCGCCGGCGCCGGGCAGGGAGAACGCUACGCCGCGGGGCACGUCCUGUCGAGCCUCCCCGUGGACUCCAUCUUCCCGGGCACAGAGGACGGGGUGCUUGUGCGGUACGCGAGCGCCGACGCGUUCCGGGUCAGAGUAUGGGCGCUGCACGAGUCGGCGGGCGACGGCGGCGGGCGGCUGCUGGAGUGGACGCUGACGCACGACACGGACCUCGCCGCGCACGCGCGCAUGCUGGACCUGCUACACCACGCGCCUUCCAAUUGCGUCCCGCUCGCGCCGGAGGAGUCCACCGGCCGCGGCAGCGGCAAGUGCGUGUGGUUCUCCGACGAGGACGGCGAAGAAGCUGCCGGCAAUGGUGGCGACGUGGGCCACGGGUGCACAGGUUUUUGGAACUGGGACGACGCCAGCCUUCUGGACAUGGAUAUCGGCGCGGAUGAGCUGAUCGACGUCGGGGCCGGUGCGCCGUCUCCGUUCUCGAUCCUGGGGUGCCACCCGGACAAGGAGGUGGUCUACCUCGCCGCCGGCGCGUUCCACGUCGUGGCGUACCAUCUCGGCAGCGCCAAGGUGCAGUACCUGGGACGUGUAAUGUCGCUGGGUGAUGGUGACCGCCUCGAUGGCGUGUUCCCUUACCGCCCGUGCAUCGUGGACGCGCUCCCUCACGACAGCUGCCUGUUCCCAAGCUUGAAGAGCGCCGUCAUCAAGAGUCAAUGAGUGGACCACAGCUCGGCAAGAGAUGCUAAGAUUUCAUUUUCCAGUUUGCCAAUAAUACUAGAUGAACUUAAUCUGCUGUUACUUCUAGAUUCAGAUUGUAUCAUUAAGCCCAUCAACAAAUCUGGGUGUGCUGCUUGAUGCCAGUACACAAGCAUGAGAUUGUAAUAGAGUUCACUAUCAUCGUGGAUUUUUUUUCUUGUUUUGU